CGCGGCGGGUCGGAAGCUGGCGCGCUUGACGUGCCGCUGGCGCUGAUGGCGGCGGGCUGGUGGAGGGUCGCACCGAGGAGGGAGAGCGAGGAGGCGGGGAACCGGAGAGCAGCGAGAGAGAGACACACCGGACGAGGCCCCGGUGUCACCGAGCAGCGACACACCGACACGCGACCUGCGGCCACGCCGACCCCCGACAGCCCGAGGCCCGCGGAGCGGCGCGACGAGGACACGGGGAGAUGGAGCGGACCUCCAAUUGGCCGCCAUCCUGACUCGCUCCGCCGCACAACUACAGCCGCACAACUACAGCCGCACAACUACAGCUGCACAACUACAGCCGCACAACUACAGCCGCACAACUGCAGCUGCACUACUCGCAGUAUUUGUUGGUUAGCUGUAGUAGUCAGUACUGUUAGCUUGUUGUCAGAAAACAACACUUAAACAAGCGCUUUAGCUGCUACUUCAAUGGGAAAUUCUCUUGGCCGCAAGACAAACAAAAAGGAGGAUUUCAGCUUAAACAACACGUAGCUUAGCUUCAUCUUCAAGCUACAUGUGGUUUGCAGCUGUCGACUAGGACAGCAAACUGACCCACUGCACACUGUGGACAAAUAUAAUUCUGUCAUACAGUAAACAAAGAUAAAAAAGACAAUGUAGUCGCCCCGCGUUCCAUUUUUAUUUUUUUAUUUCUUCGUGUUUUGCUAGCUAGUAGCUAGUUAGCGGUCGGCAGUGGCGCAGCGCUAGGCUCUGGCAGAACAGGGGUGCGAUGGAGUACCACUCCGGUGGCAGCCUGCCCCUGCUGGGGAGACCGCGGUACUGCCCCGGGGCCAACGCUAACGGAGGCUACCUAUGCGAGACGGGUCACUGCUGCGGAGAGACCGGCUGCUGCACCUACUACUACGAACUCUGGUGGUUCUGGCUGCUGUGGACCGUUCUCAUCCUCUUCAGCUGCUGCUGUGCGUACCGACACCGGCGAGCCAAGCUGAGGGUCCAGCAGCAGCAGAGGCAGCGAGAGAUCAGCCUGCUGGCCUACCACGGAGCCAGCUCCUACCCGUCCUCCAUGCUGGACCUCAGUUUCCUGGCGUCCCUGAAGCUGCCGUCCUACGAGGAGGUGGCGGCUCAGCCCUCCACCCCUCCCCCGCCCUACAGCUCUGUGUUCACCGCGCCGCGCUACCCGCAGCCCCCCCGCGCCGCCGACCCCCACCUGCUGACGCGCCACGACCCGCUGCUGCACCGGCCGCUCAGCGACGGGCCCUCGUCCCUCAGCUCAGACAACAGUUCCAGCUGUUCCUGUGACUCCUGCUGCCCCUCCUCCCCGUGCAGCUCCUCGCUAUCGCCCCCCGUCACCUACGAGACCGAUACCAGCCACGCCACCACGCCCGGCGAGGCCGCGCCCCUGGCUUUUGACGUUGCUAUGGAGACCAUCACAGCCGCUGCGACCUGCCUGGCGGCUUCCGAGGGGACGGACAACGCUCGGGGCCCCGAAGCCGAGGACUCGGCGGUCGCAGAGGUGGUCGUGGAGGGGGUCGUGGAGGGGGUGGUCAUGGGGGUGACCUCCCCUGACCCACAGGAGUCUGUUCCUGUGGCUACAGCUCCAAUGAAGCAACGGUCCAAGCGGACGUUGUGUAGCCCGGUCCUGUUUCCCAGUCCAGGUGUCGUUGCCUCACUGCUCCCCUCCAUUCAGGCCGUGGGCGCCGAGGCUCUGGAUCGGGCCCCUGGCACAUCCGGCACGACCAAUGAUCCUCGUGGUCCAAACUCCGUACCGAGCCCAGACGCUAGCAGGGCCUUGGUGACAGACCCUGAUAGCGUCUCAACCCCGGACCAAGCUCCUAGUCCGGUGCCAACUCCAGGCCCUCUGAAUCCAACGCCAUCUCCAAAACCAGUACCUUCAAACCUUAAACAAGUUCCAGAACCAGUACCCAAACACCUGAUAUCUGUAAUGGACCCAAUACUUACAGACCUUACCCUGGUGCCAAACCAACACCCUACAAUUACCAUCGUAUCACACUGUGAAAGGAGCCCGACUCCAAAACCUGCCCAUUUGAGCCGUUCAGAUGAAGGUCUGGUUCCUCCCGGCCCGAUGCCAGGCUCACCCUUACUCCCGGGUUCUGUUGCCCUUUUUGUAUCUGGUCCAGAUUUGGGUCAUCCUGAGGUCCCGGCUCUAUCACCGGACCUUGUCAAUGCAUCAGCGUCCAAUGAAGCAGGAUGGAGUUCUGGUUCUGGAUCAGGUCCAGCGCUCACUUUCACAUCACCUUCGCCCUCCUGCCCGGACAUCAAGUCCUCCUCCGGCCUCGACCUUUCCUCGCCUCCUUCCCUCCCGGCCCCGGCUCUCCUCCUCGAUCCCCUCGCCGCCCUACACCAGUCCAACAAAGGCGGGGCUCCCUGCGGCCACGCCUCCUCCCUCUCCCCGUCGCCUCGGGCCACCCAGUCCCCACCGAAGCAGACCCUCUUUUCCCCUUGCGUGGACAUCUUUGAGCCGGGACCUCCCAGCUGGGGGGUCGGGGAGGAGGAGCGGGAGGAAGACGAGGAGGAGGAAGAGGAAGACAUUGGAGCCGACGAGAGCCAGUACCGACAUCGCAGACUCACCGGCGACUCGGGCAUCGAGGUGUGCCGGUGUCGGGUGGAGGAGGAGGAGGAGGAGGAGGAGGAGGAGGAAGGGGAAGAGGAAAUGGAGAGGGAUAAGAAAGGAGGCGGAGACACUGAACUCCACGACAGUGCGGACUGCACCGCCAGAGGUUACACGGCCGUGGGGGAGGGCCUCAGACCUCGUGGCUCCGCCUCCACGGUCACGCCCGAGGAUGGUGGCAAAGUCAUUGUUGUCGUCGUGGAAACCGUGUGAUCAACCUGAAGCAGGACGAUUAAACCAAUCGUCAUCUCGAUGACAGUGAAGAGGUCAAGCCGAUGCUCUUUUUGGGGGGAUUCUGGUUGAGCGGUUGUGUCACAUUAACAAAAGUUACUGCAGUUAGCAUCCAUCUGUCGGUGUGAGCAAGAGAUUGUAUGGGAAGCAUUCGCUUCAUUUUACAGGAAGUGUUAGCUUGAUUUUGCAGGAAGCGUUAGCUCGAUAACGUGGCGGUUUAGACGUGGUCCAGAAGUGUAUGCACAGAGGGAUAAAUGUGGAAAUGCUGCACUAAACCAAAGGGAAAUGUGCGAUCCGGUGGUUUAAAAGGUCGACCCCAAUCAGAAAUUAAACCCAGGGCCUCUUAUCAGCCUCCAAUUUGUCAACUCCAAACUUUGUAGAAUACAAAUAUCUCUUCUCCCUCCAUAUUUAGGAGCUAGCGGUCUUUAGCCUCCUCUCUUGAUCCGUCACCAGUAACAUUAGUCAAAGUGUGUUAAACAACAAAAUCCUGUUGAAAGUACACAAAUGCCCUCACCCUUUAAACCAGGACUACAGGUAAAAAAGCUAUUCUUUAGUCAUCAAAUAGAUCCAAACCUGGCUACUAAACCAAACUAAACCACGUCCAGUUGUAAAUGGAUACAGGCGCGGCUACAUAUCCGCUAAGCUAACGUGGCAUUUGAGUAACGUAAGCUACGGGAAUUAGAAACGGUACCAGAGAUAAAAAAAAACAACUUUUCACAUCAACUAAAAAAAUCUGGUUAAAAGGCAAGUAAAUGUUAAAAUGUAUUGGAUCUAACCCUCUAAUAUUCUUUUAACCCUUCACACCACCAACAGUCUGAGUGAUCACAUGACCGGACUUUAAAUAACAUUUGACGGGUACCGGUGUGUCCGCCGUAGACAAAACGUCCGUCUGAAGAGACGUGGGAGGACGAGUCCCCCGCUAGGGAGGAGACGUCAAGAUGGAAACGGUGGAGGAGAAAAGCUCUUUUUGUAUAAAAGAGAACAAACAAUGGACGCUUUUAUAGCGAAGACAAGGCGCCAAACAAAAGAGGGAAACACGUCACGGCUGUUUAUCCUCGUAGGAACGAGAAGGAAAAAGUCCCUUAAAAUGAUGCCGUCUUAUUUAGGAUUCAUCCUUUAACAACAUUUCAGGGUUUUCUCUAAUGAGUAAUGGACAAUAUUAUUAAUCACAAACAGAAAGCAUUGAUCGAGGUUUUCUCACUGGCUUGAUUUUAAACAUCUUGAGGAAUUAAAGCUUGUUUUUCUCUGACGACGUGAUGAUGAUGAUGAUGAAAUGAUUGUAAAGAAGAAUGAAACAAACAAAUAGUGAGGUUUAACAAAAACAUAGUUGUGCUUUUAUAUGAAACGUUUUUCUAUUAGUUCCAUCCAACUUUGUGUUGUUGUUGCAGGAUGUUCUCCCUCAUCACACUGAGACUAUUAGUGAUUACACGUUGGCCUCUGAAGCUUUAACACUAAAGAAGAUGAAACCUUAAGUUUGAAUAGGGUUAAGAUUGGUGGAUUCUAAAGAAUAAUCUGAUGGAAAAGAUUGAGACGAUAUCUUCGACCUGAUAAAAGACACAAAAACUCAAAGGUUUCACCGACGUCUCUGUUGUUUCUGUCCCACAAAGUGCACUUUGUUGUUUUUAUGUUCAACAGUUUAAUGCGAGACCAUCGAGUGGCCCUCCUCCAGGUUGAGCCGUUAAUGUGUCUCCAUGGUUACCGAGGGACAACCGCUGCUGCUUAGCGUUAGCCGGGUUUGUUAACGUUGAGCUGGAGGGUGGGUUCUCCUCGGGGGAUUCUGGGGUUUCACCGGUACGGCACCGGCUCUGCAGCGCUCAGGGGGCUCGGGCCCGGCUAAUGUUUGGAAACGUCUUCAUCUUCAUGUUCAUCAAAGUUGGUUUUUAAAAUGGAAACCUUUCAGCAAUUCGUCUCACCUUGACUGGGUUCACAGGUCAGAGGUCAGGUUCAGUUUUAAAGGCUAUCGAGGAUCAGGAUUCUUUGAGUGACGACACAAGGAAAGUUAUCAACAAAAGGUUGUGUUCCUGGUCUAGAACUCAAGUUUUCCGCCUCCAGACGAGCGACAACUACUCUUCCUGAUUGACGUGUGAACCCACUGACGGUUUAGAUCUAUUUAAAUGUUUUUAAACCAAUUUGAUCCCCCUCGGCUUUUCCCUGCUCCACUUCCUGGUUGCAUGGGAGGCGAAGGAAACAGAAGAGACAUUACGAUCUCUUCAUGUCACAACAGUAACAACGCUGAUUAUUAGUAAUGCUAAAUUAAUAGUGUGUGUGUGUGUGUGACAUAACUAAACCAGCCUGUUUUAAAAAUGUGAUAUACUGAAUAAAACUGUUAAAUCUA